CCAAGAUGGCUGCCAAUAGUAAUAUAGUCGUUGAUUCAGAAAAAGUUUGCUCUGCUUUUAAGGAAGCAAUAAAAAGUAUAAAGGAUGAAAACGAUAUUUCAGCAAUAUCAAAGCAAUUUUCAUCUGCUAAUGGAAGCGAUUCUGAAAAGCGCUCUUUUGCUGACCAAGCAUUUCGUGAAAUUCUUGUUGAAAAACUGACUGUUGAUAAAACACCUUCUGCCUGUGAUGGCUUGGUUCAUUGUGCAAUCAACAGCUCAAAAAAAGGUGUUACAACAGUUGGCUUGCCAAUUACCAUGAUAUCUGACAUGUUUGAUUGUGUAACGGUGGAUGCUUGUGAAGACCUAUUCAAAAUUGUUGAGAAACAUGUGCUUACCUGGACAUCAGAACCUUUUUUUACUGCGGGAAAAAAUCUUUUGCUCAGAACUUGUAAUGACUUGCUGCGACGACUGUCUACAUCACAAAAUACUGUUUUCUGCGGUCGUAUUCAAUUGAUCCUGACGAGACUGUUUCCUCUGUCAGAGAAAUCAGGUUUGAAUUUAAUGAGUCAGUUCAAUUUGGAAAAUAUCACAAAAUUUGACUACAAAGGAAACUCAAAAAAGGAAAAUCCAACAUCUUCGAAGGAAAUUGUUGAUACGGAGGUUGUAGACUAUGUUCUCUACACAAAGUUCUGGUCUUUGCAAGACUUUUUUCGAUCUCCAACUCAAUGUUACAAUGAUCUGCAGUGGAAAAAGUUUGUGGAUAAUGCGUCUGCUGUGCUCUCUGCAUUUAAUAGUCAUAAACUGGAACAUGUAUCAAAGAAAAGCAAGCAUAACAAAACUAAAGAUUUGAAUGCAACUGCCAAAUCAGACAGUCAAACAUAUUUUGCCAAGUUUCUGACAAGCGAGAAGUUGCUCAAUUUGCAAUUGAAUGAUUCCAACUUCAGGAGAACAAUUCUCGUUCAACUUCUCAUAAUAUUUCAAUAUUUGACUGGCGAAGUUAAAUUUAAAAGUGCAAAUCAGAAACUGAAAGAGAGGCAAAGUACAUUUGUGAAAGAUACGACAACAAAAGUAUAUGAACUGUUAAGAGAAACACCACCUGAAGGAGAGAAGUUUGCCAAAUAUGUAGAGGGUGCUUUAAAUAGAGAAGAAAACUGGAUUGCAUGGAAGAAUACAGGUUGCCCUAGUUUCAUCAAGGAGAAGGAAGAAAAAACGAAAAAUGAUGAUGUGAAAAAUUCUAGGAAACGUAAAGCGAGGGACAAUAUUUCAAGCAUGAUCGCCGGCUCAAAGAUUGAUUUGGGAAGCCCUGAACUGACUAGAUUAUGGAACUUAUGUCCUGAUAAUAUGUCCGCGUGUAAAGCUGAAAAAAGAAAUUUUCUGCCGGAUUUAAAUAAGUAUUUCGAAGAAGCCUUUGAACAAGCUGAUCCAGAGAGUCAGAUAGAGGAGCAAUACAAGCUUGUUAAUGAUCCAAAGUUUGGUUGGAGAGCAUUGCGGUUGCUGUCAAGAAAAAGCCAACAUUUUUUUCAACCAAGCACUCAUCCCUUUAAAACCUUGCCCCAAUACUUGGAGCUGGCUAUUCAACAACUGGGACAAGAACUACUGCCUCCAAAUAAAGUUGAAGAUGAGUCUGAUGAAGUUCAAGUCGAGAAUGGUUUGGCUUCAUCUCAAGUGCAAGAAGACAAACAAACAGGUGCAAAACAAAACGCAGCUCAAGACACUCAUUAAAGCAAGUUGAAACUUUUUUUUAUUCAUUAUAUAAGAAUCGAACGCCAUCAGUGUUCGAUUUCAUAUUCAAAGUAUGAUGGAUCAAAGUAAUGUACCCUUACGUAUCCAUCUUCACCACCACUACUGUAGCUGAAAUAGAUGACACAGACAUUAACCAACAACUUUUCUUAUAAAAUGUAGUUUGUGCGAAUUACAAACCUUUUGCCAUCAGGA